ACACAGCCCUGCGAGUCCGUGAAAUGUCGGCUCAAUGUUUAACUCAAGAACAUUCCGAAGAAGAUGGUUUCUAGCUGUGGUAUUUGGCUUGUCGGUUCUGUAUUUCCUGGCUAAUAUAUACAAGCAGCAUCCAAAAGACUUUUCAACUCAAGAAGAAUAUCGGCUUAGGAAACCCCUACGUGUAGCUCCUGAACAGUUCAAGUGGCAGCCCAAAUUUGAAAGUGCAAAUGCAAGCAAAAUAAAAACUUGUAGAAAUUCAGUUCAGGGGAAACUUUUAGUGGCUGAUGACAGAGGAUAUGUGUGUGAUAGAUCUGACCUGUUGCCAGGAUCUUGUUGUGAUACACUGAGCAGAUCUACAAAACACUACACCUGUGAAACCUGCACUGAGGGGGGCUGCUGUGCUCUUUAUGAGUACUGCGUGUCUUGUUGCUUGCAUCCUGAAAAGCAACAGUUACUACGAAAGAUAUUAAGUGAAGCAGUAGACUCCAGUUUUAGUCAAAUUUAUGCCUCGAUCACAGACCAUUUUGAACUUUGCCUCACCAAGUGCAGAACUAACUCACAGAGUGUGCAGCAUGAGAACUCUUACAGAGACCCCAAGAACAAACAUUGCUAUGGAGACAAACAACCUGUUCUUCAGCCUGCUAUAGCUAAGAAAUGAGAAAUAUUGCCU